CCGAGAGACUGACAAAGUUGUUGGAUUAUGCCGUAGCCACGGCGCCACUCUACGGCUUAAACUCCCUCCCACAUUUUUACGACCAGAUUGCGCAAUGCUGCCUCUGCAGGCGAUCCCCCAAAGUUAUCAUUUUACAUGAAUCUCUAAGAUCUCUAAAAAUGAGCUGAACAAAAAAAAAUUAUUCGAAAAAAAUUAUUAACUAAUAGCAGAAUUUUUUUUUUCAUUUUCCAUCCAUUUUCUCAUGCAAAUGGAUCGAAAAAAAACGGAUGGACAAUCGUCUGCUAGUUUUUAAGACUUAUAUCCUUAAAUUCAUCCUCCAUAAAAGCCUAAAAGCCAAAUAAUAAGGUUAACUACAAAAGAUAAUACAAAAAACUUAUUACGAAAUAAUAGAUUAUUCAAAUAAUGUAUUGUGUAAGUGUGAAAGGAAGAACAUUCAACCGAAUUUUAACCUGCUCAAACCCUAAACAUGACAUCGGUCGACAAGGAAAUUAUUCCUCCUUGGAAAAAAAAAGUGCUGUGCGAAAAUCGAAAUCUGUGCGAAUCGAGGCAACGGAUUUCUCAUGAAACUCAGUCACGAAACUGUGACGAUAGAAUUGAAGAACGGGACUCAGGUCCAUGGGACUAUCACAGGUGUUGAUGUAGCGAUGAACACACAUUUGAAAACUGUCAAAAUGACAAUUAAAAACCGUGAUCCAGUGCAACUCGAUACACUUAGCUUACGAGGCAAUAAUAUCAGGUAUUAUAUACUUCCGGAUUCCUUGCCAUUGGAAACUCUGCUGGUCGAUGAUACACCUAAAGCAAAAGCCAAAAAGAAGGAGGCGGCAAGAGGAGCUGCACGUGGUCGAGGUCGUGGUGGACGGGGCGCGAGAGGAGGUCGAGGUGGUCGUGGACGUGGCCGAGGACGACGAUAGUUCAAAACCCUCAUAUUUUAUAAUCAAUUCCGUCAUCUAUCUAUUCCAAUAUUUUUUGCUUUAACACAACAGAAAUAUGAUUCGAAUUCUUGUUCGAACAGAAGAGGAAGAAAAUGAAGAAAAAUGAAAACAAAUGAAUUUUCUACUUGUCAA